UGUAUUCGGCUCGGGUCAGGCGGAUAUGAGGCUCCGCGGCGUGUGACGUCUCUCCCCGUGUCAUUGGUGAAUGACCGAAGAUGGCGAGCGGUAGACUGUUCGGCCGGCUGCUCUUGCAGCAGGCUGGGGUCCGACACUGUUAUACCGGAAACAGGAAGCAUCUCUACAUCACCAAGGACACUAAGGUCAUCUGCCAGGGCUUCACAGGAAAGCAGGGCACCUUCCACAGUCAGCAGUCUCUGGACUAUGGCUCUAGGUUAGUUGGAGGAGUUUCUCCUGGGAAAGGGGGAAAGACCCACCUGGGCCUGCCCGUCUUCAACUCAGUGAAGGAGGCUAAAGCAGGAACGGGAGCAGAGGCCAGCGUGAUUUACGUCCCUCCGCCGUUCGCGGCAGCCGCCAUCAUAGAGGCCAUCGACGCAGAGAUCCCCCUGGUGGUCUGCAUCACGGAGGGCAUCCCCCAGCAGGACAUGGUGCGCGUCAAACACAGGCUGCUCCGCCAGGGCAUCACCCGUCUCAUCGGGCCCAACUGCCCCGGCGUCAUUAACCCAGGAGAGUGCAAAAUCGGGAUCAUGCCUGGACACAUUCACAAGAAGGGGAGAAUUGGCAUCGUCUCAAGAUCAGGCACCCUGACGUAUGAAGCUGUGCACCAAACUACACAAGUGGGCCUGGGCCAGUCGCUCUGCAUCGGCAUCGGCGGAGAUCCGUUCAACGGCACCAACUUCAUCGACUGCCUGGAGGUGUUCCUGAAGGACCCUAAAACAGAGGGCAUCAUUCUGAUCGGGGAGAUCGGAGGCAACGCGGAGGAGAACGCGGCCGACUACCUUAAAGCGCACAACACUGGUGCCAACGCGAAGCCUGUGGUGUCAUUCAUCGCCGGACUCACGGCUCCCCCUGGCAGGAGGAUGGGUCACGCAGGGGCCAUCAUUGCUGGAGGAAAGGGCGGAGCCAAAGAGAAGAUUUCUGCCCUGCAGUCGGCUGGAGUGGUGGUUAGCAUGUCCCCAGCACAGCUGGGAAGCACAAUGUUUAAGGAGUUUGAGAAGAGGAAGAUGCUGUAAGGAAAGCGAGGGCAGCUCACCUCCCCUCCUGCUACGACGCACAGUGUUUUUUCAGACGUGCUUUCCAGUCUUGUCUCCGUUUCCGCGCACCUCUCCAGAAGAAAUCGAUAGAUCUCUCUCUCUCUCUUUCAUCGUUGUCACUCACCACCUCCUUUUUAACACACGAGCAGCACAGUCAGAUAUCCAGCGGCUCUUAUUAUCCUGCUGCUGAUAAAAUAACGCUAAUCUCACAGGUGGGUCUAGAGUUGACACAGUGUGUGUGUGUGUAACCAUCAAUGCACCAGCGCGGGUUUAAAGAAAAUAAAAAAUCUGUGUGUGUUUGGUUCACUCGCUCCAUUAUUCAAAUGUGGAAAUGUAUCAAAUAUAGUUCUCUUGCCUCCA